UAUUCCUUUCGACUUCUGCUUUGUCGCGCUUGAGAAUCUCUCCGACUUGAGCUCUGUUGGAGAUAGAGAAAAUUUUGCUUUACUUAUUUAGUGAAAGAAAACAAGUAAUUAGUUGCCGAGAGGCAUGGGAAAGGAUUCAAAGCCAAAGGACUCCGGGAAGGGAAAGGGGAAACAGGCAGCAAGUGGAAGUGAUGAUAAGGGCAAGGGAAAAGGUGGGAAGGGUGCAGAUGGGCUAGGUACCUGCACCUAUGUCAAAGCAAGGCAUGUCUUAUGUGAGAAGCAAGGAAAGAUCAACGAGGCAUACAAGAAACUGCAGGAUGGUUGGCUUAGCAAUGGAGAUAAAGUGCCACCAGCAGAGUUUGCAAAGAUAGCACAAGAGUAUUCAGAAUGUCCAUCAGGAAAGAAAGGUGGUGACCUCGGCUGGUUUCCUCGAGGAAAGAUGGCUGGGCCAUUUCAGGAUGUUGCUUUUGGCACACCUGUUGGAGCUACAAGUGCCCCUUUCAAGUCAACGCAUGGGUACCAUAUUAUCUUAUGUGAAGGAAGGAAGAACUGAGCCUUCGACUAGAAUGAAGCUGAUUUCAAUGAAGAGAGCAUUUUAACUGUUCCCUGAUCAAGUGAUUGGAGGUCGCUUCAUUGUCUCAUGAGACUGGUUUAUGAUUUAAAUAAACAGUUUCCCGUAUGUAUAUUAGGCUUGUUUUCUAAUGCGUGGAAGAAUUGACAUCAUAUUUGAUUCUGAAUGGAUCCCAAAGAUUUGACAUAUCUUAAUGGUCAAAAAGUUGCGCGCAAUAUUUUGUG